UCGUAAACCACUUUGGUUGGGCCAUUCUUUCCAAUCAUGGCGGAGCCGCUUUUGUCCAUGAGCUGCCAGACGACGUGGUCUAUCGGAACUUCCUGCUGAGUCAUGGCAUUACAAGGCUGGCAACCCAGGGCUGGCUCUUCAUUGCGCCGUUGGUCUUGGUGCGCUUCACGCCCGGUCGGCUCAUAGGCCCAGCGGUCUGGGGCCUCGUGACGAUGCUCGGCUCGGCCCAGCGGUCGGCCGUUGAGUUUGUCCACCUGGGCUCUCAUGCAGAUGGUGUGGUCUAUCGGACGGAAGUUGCUGCUGAACCACAGCACUACAAGGUGGUGCUUUGGAACAGCUGGAGCAUGUACCGGGAAAAGGGCGGCUUGUUUUCUUUGCUGCUGCUUUUGCACGGAUACAACGUGGUCUAUCGGAACUUGCUGCUGAGUCAUGGCAUUACAAGGCUGGCAACCCAGGGCUGGCUCUUCAUUGCGCCGUUGGUCUUGGUGCGCUUCACGCCCGGUCGGCUCAUAGGCCCAGCGGUCUGGGGCCUCGUGACGAUGCUCGGCUCGGCGCUGCUGGCGCCGCCUCUGGGCGCCUGGGCGGACCAGACGGACCGCCGCUGGGUGGUGACGCUGGGCGUCAGCGCACAGGCUGUGGCGGUGCUGGGCUCCACGCUGGUCUUGUUCUUGGCUUUGCAGGGGGCAGACGCCCGCGUCGCCGAUGGGAGCGCAGCUCCGGUGGCACUGGCGGCGUUCACGUGCUUCAGCGUGCUGGAGAAGCUGGGCACGGCCCUGAGCGAUGUGGCGGUGAAGCGCGAGUGGGCGCCGCGGCUCUUCCAGGGCGAUCGCCUCAAGCGCCGCUCGGGUGGAGACGGCCGUGCGACGGAGACGAGGGUUGGUGGGAAGGUGGUGGGCCGGAAAGUGGAGAGGUGGCUGGGGGCAAAAAGGGUGUGUGGUGGGUGUGGUUAUAGUAAGGGGUGGUGUGAAGAAUGCUCAACUUGA